AUGAGUGUACAAACACGACAAAAGGCGCCCACCCAAGCAAGCGGCCCCGCGUUCAUUCAGAAGAAGAAGACGAAGAAGAAACUGAAGCAGCAGCAAGCGCCAACAACAUUGCUGCGGCUGGACUGGGAUCCUGCCUUGGCGCUGGCAGGGACGAGCCGCGCCGCACGCGACACCGUGUUGGCCUACCACCCUGUGACCCGCGUGGUGCUGCUCGAGCUGGUGCCACUGGUGGCGUCCGCCGUCGCUUCCGUGUCUCUCCAACCGCAGGCCGCGUUCGCCCACUGUGAUGACUACAUCGAUCGACGGGAUCUGCGCGCGGCCCUCGCCCUGCCGGAGGAGAGCACCCAACCAGGCGGCCCAGCUGUGGAAGCCGGCGAUCAACUGGAUCUGGCCACCAAGGCCGAGGUGCUGCUGGAUGCGUUGAUCCAGCAGGUCAGCGCUCGGAAACACCAGCUACACAUCGAACAGCUCUACUGGAAGAGCUUAUAUACGGGCGACCAAGUGCACGCCGUCAAGCGUGUCGUCCAAGAGAACAUCGUGGUAAGGAGUUACGCCGAGCGAGAGGUCACUACAGAUCAGGCAAUCACGUGCAUCUUGGAGGUGAAGGUCCCCACACCUGAUGCGACUGGAGGUCACGAUGUGUUCAUCCUCAACAUCAUGUACUGGGUGUUGGGCUUGCCGACCAAUGAAUAUGGCCAACGCAAGGACCGCAUCGUAAGGACACAGGCCUUUUGUCGCCGCGCUGGCGAUACCACAGCAGAGCCUGCACUGCUCUUUGGGAUGGCCACCUUCUUCGUGGUGUGUGGCACCACUAAGAGACCACCAACCCUGCCCGAAACUGGUCACUACAGGGAGGACCUGCACCUGUUCAGCGAAGAGCCACUCCUGGCACCACCGUCUAUCCGCUUGGACUUCAACCACCCGUCAUGCUCGUGGGAGUUCCUCACUCGUCUGACCUACUGGGUCAGCGCCUGGAGGUACCAGUUGAAGUUGCCGCGAGCCUACAUUGUGGCGGCGCUGAAGAAGCCCGAAUCAGUGGCCACGAUCAGCGAUGUGGAGCGAGUGCUGCCUCACAUUCUUCGAGGAACUGGCGAAUGCAGCAGGAUGCAGAUUAUUGAGGCCAGCGUCAGCUGCUAUGCCAAGGUCCACCUUGCUGUCCCUGGUGCGAAAGGCCAUCUGGUGCUGAUUGUCAAGCUGAGCAGCCAGGAGGGCGGGAUUGCAGAUCGAAGCCUGCUUGAGCUCGGAGCCCACGCCUCGACUAAAUCGCUAGGCAAGCGCUUUGGCCUAGGCCUCGACGACGACCCCUGUGCGUGGAGUCCCGUCUUGGGUGGCAGUGUCCGGGACGGGCGGGACGUUGUCUGGGGGCUCAAAUUCCUAGACGAGGUUGCACGCACGUAUGGGCUCCCGGCGGGUGAGAGUGACAUGGUCGACCCGGAGGAAGCGCACGCCAGCGAAGCGAUCCGUAUUGGGGCCAUCCUGUUCGUGUGUGCCCUUGCGGCCGCGCCCCAGUAUGACGUGAUCAAGGAAGGGGCGGCAACCUUAAUGCUUGGCGUUGAUGGACCUUCAGUGCCCUUCGGCUUCCGCAUGCUCCCGUUUGGGCGGAGCUUUCUGAGCGUCCCAGUGGAGGAGAGCGUGGCCCAUGACGUGCACUGUCGCUUUACGGCCGUUGUCGAAGGCAUGGCGAAGACGUUUGGGGUGCUCGCGAUGCCCGGCAAUGGCGAUGCUUAUGAGUACUUGGAUGACGACGAUGACGACCUUGACGACUCCGACGAGGACGAAGAUGACGAAGAUGAUGCCGAGUAG